AAGUCCGUGGCUGUAGAGGUUGAGUUGAUUUAUAUGAAGAUAUCGAAGUCUAGGCAUUUGGUAAAAUUGUGCGCUACAAAGCAAAACGUGUGUAAGUAAUGGAUACUGAAUUCCAAAAUUGGAUAAAGGCAUGUUUGGCCAUUAAAUGUGUCAAAGAUGGGUUGGUUCCACUUGUGGAAAAAUACACUAACAUACAUUAUACAAGUAACAAAGAUGAGGUCGUUAAAGUAUGUGGGAUACCCACGUAUUUGUGUAAAAUGUGCGACGUUACUGAACUUGAACCCUACCACAAAACAUCCAAGAUACCAUGUGAAUUCAGAAAAUGCGGUUGCAAAAACGAUAAAAUGAAAAAAUGCCAGGAAAAUCGUGCAUGUGGUGUUGUAUAUGAUCAAAUUCAAUCUGCACACAUUAGAAAUGAUCCAAGUUGGUCAAACACAAAUUGUGACAAGUGGUCAAGUAGUGCAUGGGAACAGAUGAAAUGUUACAUCUUCACCCCUGGUUACAAACAGAAAACGGAUAUAUCGUGUGCUGAUGUGACAGCUCUUAUUCAGAUUUGUCUAAACUACAGACCUCUGAGAACCAUGUUCAACCUGAAUGUAGUAGAUCUUGAAGAGGUACUGAGGUGCAGAAAUGACAUAUACCAUUCAAGCACUUUGAAAGUGUCAAACGGCGACCUAAACUAUUUUAUGUCUACUAUGAAAACGUUUUUAAAGUUACAUGUGUUUCAAGACUUCAAAGAUGAAGUAGAACGCAACUUAGAGAUACUAGGCAAAUUGGAAAAUGACAAGUUUGAAGUAUCUAAAGAAAAUGAACUAGACGCAAGAAAGGAUGCAAUGGGUGGAAUUCAAGAAUCUAUAGCAGAAAUGCUUGAACACCAAAAACAAGCUGGCCAAAACAUCGAGGUUCUUAUAUCUGUAAAUAAAAGCCAUAUGCAGGAGGUUCAGAAUUGUAUGAGACAAAUUAAGGAGCAAUAUGACAUAAUAAGUACAGAACAGUGUUCACAAUAUCGAGAAAUAAGAAAACAAAUAUCCGAUCAAACACAAAAUCUAGAAGAAAUAAGAGAGAAUCAAGUUUUACUAGGUGCGUCGAUGUCUGAUCUGGGAACCAAUAUGAAAAAAGAGAUGAAGGAAUUGUUUGCAAAGAUAGAUCAAGUCUUGGCCGAAGUCAAAAAACAAAAUUCUGACAAGGAAAUCGCUUUGACACCAGAUGCCAUCUCCAUGAUACAUGUUUUGCCGAAACAUACGGAAAAAGAGAACAAUGUUUCAAAAGAGAUGUGCUCAGCUUUAAAUGGGAUAAUAAACAACAUAACCGUGGCGUCAGUAAUUGAUCCUCUGCAUCAACCUGUUUACGACGUUGUCGAAGUUCUUCAAAAAGAAAAAAACACAGUGAUAGCCGUGCAACAGAAAUGCGUGGAAAUUUACAUCGCAUCGCCAACUGUACAAAGUUGGAUGACAUUGAUCGAGGACUUUUUAAAUGGAACGAUUAAAAAAGCUUUCCAUCCGCUCCAAACGCACUUUAGGACACGUUAUGGGUGUGAAAAUCUUAUCUUAAUGAUAGAAUUAAACGAGGAACACUUCGCCAAAUGUGCUAAUUCUAUUAUUGACAAUUUACAUCAAAUAGUUGUCAAUCAGGAAAGAGAAGAGCAUGUUCUUCCAAAAGCAGACGAACUUAAAGAUGAGAUAGACGAGACAAUGGCGAGUCAAUUUCAAGCAUUAAAUUUAGGAAUGGUUAAAGAUUCCGUCACAAACAUACCGGCGGCGAACAAAGAAGCAACUGUUGUUUCCGACGGAUUAGUGAGUGAAUACCCUGUUACAUACUCCCUCUGUUGGAAAAAUGGAUCAUGA